UAGUCUAUCAUUAAUUUAGGCAACAGCAAUGUUUAUGCUGCUUUAAAUACACAAAAGUGUGAAAAAUGCAAGCGCCACCACCAGAAAACCAACUUCAGUCUCCUGCCUCUUCAAACGCACAGGCCCCUCCUACAAAUGCCCCACCUGGGUCCAACCAUUUACCCCAAACUGGGGUAAACCAAGCUCCAGGGGGUGCUGCACUUUCAACUGCCCCACCUCCUGCAGUUCCCCAAGACCCCAACCAACUUCCGCAAUCACAGAGUUACUCUCAAUACCCACAGCAUAACCAAGUUGGAUAUCCCCAUCGUGAAGAUCUUGCUCCACAUCAACAGCAUCCACCACAACAUCACCCAAUGCCCACACCAGUACCUGGACACCCAUUACCAGUGAACGACACCCGCCCCCCUUCUAGCCAAUACCCUGCCCCAACGCCGCCCCAAGCAUCUUACCAAACCCCUACCAGUUUUACCCACAACCAACCCCAACCCACCUACCCAGAUUCAGCCCCAUCCAGUUACCCGCAAACCCAGCAGCAACCUGGGUACCCUGCCCCACCAAACCACCCACAAACAUACCCACCUGGUAACCAAACCCCAUCGACAUACCCCGCCAAUCCUACCCAACCUGGAUAUCCAGGAACCCCCAACCCCCCAUCUUCCGGUUACCCACAAGGACCCUCAGGCCCCCAAGGGGGUUAUUCAGCACCUGGCCAGUAUCCUGCUUACCCCCCAAGUCAGUACCCACCAACUAGUGAUCCAAGCUACAUGGCUCCCCACCCAGAAAGCUACUCUGCUGACAAUAUUGCUGGCAUGAAACAGGCCAUUGAUUCCAUGAGUGCAAAAGGGCUUACAAACGAUCCACGUUACCACCAGUUAGUUCACAUGCUUCAACAAGCAAAACAACGAGAAGCAGCUGCACCUCAGCAAUCUGGACCACCACCUCCUGCAGAAUCCAGUAGCAUGGCGCCAAGCAAUGUUUAUGGCAGUUCAAACCGUGCCCAACCAUACCCUGCUGUAAGUGGAAGCCCCGAUACACGUGUUAACCCCACACCCCCUGCUACGGGCCAACCUGGUGACCCCACCAAGCCCCCCACUGACCCAAAGUCUGCGUUCUCACAAGUACAACUCUACCAACUUCGUGCACAGAUAGUCGCAUACAAGAUGUUAGCACGCCAACAACCUGUACCUGAACAACUCAUGAAUGCUAUCGGGAAACGACUGCCUGUAAAUGCGAGCCAAAACCCCCCAAGUUCAACCUCAAACCAAGCCCCUGCAACCACAGAAGCUACCCCUACUCCGGAACCCCCCAAACUCACUUCUACAACCCCUAAACCGGAGGGGACGACACCUGAUGCUACCCAGUCUCCAGCCAAGGCAUCUCCAGCUGCUCCUCCUCCUCCCCAGGACCUCGCCUCUCUCCUCCAAAUGCCUCCAAAGACGAGCAAGAUCACUCCCAUCAAGAAACCGGAAGGCAUCGAUCCGAACCUUUUACUUCUGGAGCGAGAAAACAGAAUCGAAGCCAGAAUUGCUCAGCGUAUAAGUGAAUUACAAAGUGUGCCGGCAAAUAUACCAGAUGAUUUAAGAAUGAAAGCAACCAUUGAAUUGAAAGCACUUCGUAUGCUGGGUUUCCAAAAACAACUUCGGCAAGAAGUGCUUGGAGCUAUGAGACGUGAUACUACAUUGGAAACUGCAUUGAAUGCGAAAGCAUACAAGCGUGUGAAACGACAAACCCUACGUGAAGCUCGGUUGACUGAAAAACUUGAGAAAGCUCAGAAAUUGGAAGCUGACAAGAGAAGGAAGCAAAAACACCAUGAUUUCUUACAGAGUGUGUUGCAGCAUGCUAAGGAUUUCAAAGAAUUUCAUCGAAAUGUUGCUGCUAAGACAAACAAGAUUCACAAAGCAAUCCUGUUAUAUCAUGCUAACACUGAACGUGAGCAAAGAAAGGAGGAAGAGAGAAUUGAAAAGGAGAGAAUGAGGAGACUUAUGGCGGAAGAUGAGGAAGGCUACAGGAAGUUAAUUGAUGCAAAGAAAGACAAGAGGCUCGCUUAUCUUCUUGGACAAACAGAUGAAUAUAUUCGAAAUAUCGUGAAGCUUGUCAAGGAGCAUAAGUUCGCUCUCGCUAAGAAGAAAGGGAAGAGAAAGAAGAAGAAAACAGAGGAGGAGCAGAGCAAUGAUGUUGAUCGUCACGUUGCCGUGAAGAACACGGAGACAGGAGAAGUCCUCCAGGGAGAAAAAGCUCCAAAGUUUUCCAACCUCGAUGCAUGGCUUGAUAUGCAUCCCAACUUCCAGGUUGCUCCAAGAGUUGAAAGUGAGGAUGAAGAGGAGGAGGAGGAGGAGGAGCCUCAAAAAGAGGAAGAAGUGAAAGAAGAGGAAAAAGUGACGGAGGAAGAACCGAACCUUGAUAUCACAAAAGCUGAAAUAGAUGAUGAAUACACCACUUAUGACACCAGCACAUAUUAUGCAGUUGCUCAUAAUAUUAAUGAAACUAUAACAGAGCAAUCAAAUAUGCUUAAGAAUGGGAAGCUCAAAGCUUAUCAGGUGAGUGUGUCAAAUUAUUAUGUCCCGAAUAAUCUGAUUUUUAUUAAGCCUGCAUCCAAUGUUGCGUCCUCAUCCACAGGGAAGCAAGGUAAAGGAGGAGCAAAAGCUUUGAUGAACACGAUCAUGCAGCUACGGAAGAUAUGCAACCAUCCAUUCAUGUUCAGACAUAUUGAAGAAUCUAUGGCUGAGUUUCUUCAAAUACCCGGUGGUAUUGUGACCGGGCCAGACCUGUACCGUGUAUGCGGUAAGUUCGAGUUGCUCGAUCGAGUGUUGCCAAAGUUGAAGAAAUACAACCACCGGGUGCUGCUGUUUUGUCAAAUGACGUCAACCAUGACGAUAUUAGAAGAUUAUUUUGCUUAUAGAGGUCACAAGUACUUACGACUGGACGGAUCAACGAAAGCUGACGAUCGAGGUUUGAUGUUGCAGAAGUUCAACGCUCCAAACUCCGAUAUUUUCAUCUUCCUCCUCUCAACAAGAGCUGGAGGACUCGGACUCAAUCUUCAGUCUGCCGACACCGUCAUCAUUUAUGACAGUGAUUGGAAUCCUCAUCAGGACAUUCAAGCGCAAGACAGAGCGCAUAGGAUUGGCCAAACUAACGAAGUCCGAGUGUUACGUCUCAUGACCGUCAGCUCUGUGGAAGAAAAAAUUCUCGCUGCUGCCAGGUACAAGUUAAAUGUUGACGAGAAAGUUAUUCAAGCUGGUAUGUUCGACCAGAAAUCCACUGGGAGUCAGCGGAGAGCUAAGUUGUUCGAACUUGUUCAACGAAGCACGACUGAUGAGGAUGAAGAUGAGGUUCACGAUGAUGAGACACUCAACCAGAUGAUCGCACGAACGGAACACGAGUUCGAUUCCUUCCAACAAAUGGACAUCGAUCGAAGAAGAACGGAGGCGAGAGAUCCAAAUCGAAAACCUCGGCUCAUGGAAGAGGAUGAGCUCCCAUCUUGGCUCCUCGCAUCCGCUGAUGAUGUAGAGCGACUCACACAAGAGGAAGCGGAUGACAAGCUCUUUGGAAGAGGAUCAAGAGUGAGGAAAGAGGUCGAUUAUAGCGAGUCACUUACUGAUAAAGAAUGGCUGAGGGCCGUUGAAGAUGGGGUAGAUGUGGAUGAACUGGAAGAGCAAAAGAGAUACAAGAAACAAAGAAAGAGGAGGAGAGGAGAGGAGGAGGAUAAAGCUGGACCAUCGUCCGUGAAGAAAAAGCGAGGGCGCCCCCCAAUGGAGAAACCAACACCCAAUCCACCGAAGUUAACAAAGCAGAUGAAACGCAUCAUUGAUCAUGUGAUCAAGUAUACUGACAGCACUGGAAGAAGAUUAAGCGAUCCCUUCCUCCAACUUCCGGCUCGUAAAGAGCUUCCGGAUUAUUACGAGAUGAUCAAAAGACCGGUGGACAUCCGGAAGAUCCGAGAGAGAAUCAAACUUCAUAAAUAUCGAAGUUUUGAUGAUCUGGAACGUGAUUUUCAACAGAUGUGUCUGAACACACAAACAUAUAACGUAGAAGGGUCACUGAUCUUCGAAGACUCAAUUAAACUGAACACCGUCUUCACUUACGCUCGUGAAAUGCUGGAGAAGAGCGACACUCUUCCUCCCGAUCCAUCGGAUAAUGAUGACUCGAUCAACAUCGCUGACGAGGAUAGUCGAGCAACGAGACACUCGGUGUCGCCACAGGGCAGCGAUGAUGAAAGGGAUUCUGAUGAUGAGCCUCUCAGAGUGAAGAUAAGACUCUCCAAGGAGGAGCAGGAAGCUCCAAAGAAGAGGAAGAGUGGGAGCAGGAGGAAAGUGAUCUCGGAUGAUGACGAUGGGGAUGAUGACUCAAAUUAUGAGGAAUCCAAUGAUGAAGAUUCUUAACCAGAGAUUCAACAAGAAUCUGCAAGAUUUGCCCGAAACAAUGUUUCGUCUAUAUAUGAAAGGACAAACCAUUACAAUUAUACUGGAAAUUAAUGUACAUUACUAACUUUACGAUGCUGCUGUUAUGUAUUUGUUAAAGUGUAAGCGGCCAUUUUCGAUGUAAAUAAAAUACUACAAAGCAUG